AUGCCGAAAGUCAUCGGCUACACUCCUCCCUGGCUGUCUCGCCCAUCGGCGGGUGCAAAGGUAUUCUUAGACCCAGCACCUCAAUCGCCGGCUUCACCCUCAAAACGGUCCUCCUAUCUCGGUGCACCUCCUUCUACAGAAUACCAAGGUCCCAGAAGGCUGGUUGCAAGUCGUGGUACAGAGAUUUUCACGGUUGUGGGCAACAAAAUAAGAUGGGCAGACCUGUCACUAGUCAAAGACGAAUGGGAAGAAAACACCCACGCUGGGAACAGUCAGUUUGGUCUUUCGCGUUCAGCAGAUGCUGCUUCGGAGCAACAAGUUUACAGAACCCUGGAUGUGUCUAUUUAUUACCAAAUUCGACAGAUUGUCGUCUCUCCGUCAGGCAUUUUUCUCGCUAUCGCUACCGAACACACCGUUCAUAUCGCAGCGCUACCGCCGUCCUCUAGACUCCGAGACCAGGACAGAUCCCCUCUCAAGUUAAAGACGUUUCAGCUCGGCCCAACAAUCCAUGUCAUCCCAGAAUCUCCUUUGGCCUCGGUACUAUGGCAUCCCCUCGCAUCUUCGACUGCAAGCACGGAUUGUAUCGUCACGGUAACGGCAGAAGCAGCUGUAAGAGUAUGGGAACUUGACAGGUCGAACAAAUGGUCAUUCGAGCGCCCGGCUCUGGCUAUUGAUCUACGGAAGCUGGCUGAUGGAGUCUCGUGCGAUCAAGAUUUCGAGCCUUCGGGAUUUGGCAAAACUAAAGGUUUCUCUGUUGAUGAUUUCGACAUGGAGGUCUCUGCCGCUUGUUUUGGUGGUCGAGGCAAGGAUGAUGAAGAUGCAUGGGCUGGUAUGACUCUCUGGACCGCAAUGAGGAAUGGUGACAUAUACGCCCUAUGCCCUCUGUUACCUACCAAGUGGAAGCCAACAUCCACCACUAUUCCCUCUCUUUCGACGAAUGCCGUUUCUCGCAUGGCCUCUAUCGCUGGUGAAGAUGCAGACAUGGACGACCGACGAGCUGCUGAUCAACAGUACGAGUGGGUACAAGAGAUUGACAGCGAAGAACCGCUGCUUCUUGAUUCGACAGAUAGCCUAGGCGAGUUUGAGGUACGCCUGCGACCACAGAAUCCAAGUGCAAUUCCUCGGCUUCAAGGUCCAUUUGCCAUCCAGCCAGAAGAUGACGCCUCGGACAUUGAAAUUUCUGACAUCUACGUCUAUCCGGCGAUCAUUGAUGAGCGUGAUCUCAUGUCUGGUGAAGACGAUGAUGAUUUUGACCAACUCACCUCCCACGGUGUGCCUUUUACUACCGCUUGCGUAGCAACAACAGAAAAUGAGGUGUGGUUUGCCAUUGAUCUUGACGGAGUGUCGGGGCAAUGGCUUCCUAAGAAGGGCAAGAGUGCCUUUGGCGUGCCAUCUUCAGACGCAAAGGAGUUGGCAUUGGUCGAUACUUUUGCACUUGACGCCGAGGUCGACUCUGCAUCGAACUGGCCAAUGCUCACCGGUGAUAUCGCCAGCGGCUACAGCCUGUUCCUGACAACAUUCAAGCAUGUUUAUUCUUUGUCCCUGAACGAUUGGGUAAACCACCUGGCGGCUGAGAUGACGGGAGCUGAGAAUGUCGACCCAGGAAUGAGAACUCGACUCGAAACGGCCUGCGAAUCCCAGGUUUGCAUAACUGACAAGGUCAUCAGCACCAACGACGCAACGGAAACACUGUCCGCACCCACGAUAGUGGACGACAUAUCUUUGGGAUUUCUCCUUUUGACUGCAACUCCUUCUUCAGCCUACUCUGUCUUUUUCGAUCAAGCUCACUUGCACGCAUCCACAGUGGCGGUGUCCUCUCCAGAGCUGACCACGAUCUCCUCAAGUCGGCAGCUCGCUAGAGUAUCGGAGGAGAAUGACGCUGGGACACUGCCUACAAGAUCACCUUACGUUCCCGCAAAGGUCUUCUAUGCCAACCAUCUCUAUCCCAUUGAACAGAUGAAGCAGCGCCUCCCUCCCACACUGAAACGUGCGGUCACGGACAAGCCUAUGCGUCUGAGUCCGGCGAUGCUGGAAAUCAUGACGGUCACGCACCGUACCGUUAGUGUUCAAUCUGCCGAGCUCGAGAAGGCGGCCGCCGAACUCUUCCGACGAUGUGAGCGUCUGCGCGAAGAACUGGGCAGCCAAGUACAACAGAUGAGCGAGCUGGCCCAACGGCUCCAGCAUCUGAAAUCGAGCGAGGAAGUCGACGAAGAUGGCACCGUCACGGCGAAGAAAUCAGUGACCACGAGAAUCCAGGACGCCCAAGACAGGCAGGCAAACUUGCUUGCGCGGUACGAGGCACUGAGGAGGAAAGUGGGACGAGUCGGAUCGGCCAAGCGGGAACUGAGUUCCAAAGAAAAAACCUGGAUCGAGGAGAUUGAUGCGUUGGGUAGGAAUGUCGGCGUCGGCGUUGACGGUGAUGGAGGACGUGCAAAUGACAGACUGGACAAGAGAUUCGACAUGGUCAAAGAAUUCUCCCGUGAGCUCCUGGAAGAGAGCAAGCGAGUCCAACAAGCCCAGACAUCUGAACCCUCGCCUUCCCCAAUGUCUGCGUCCAUGUCGACCGUCAAACCGGGCACUUCUGCUUCGGCUCCUGGCGCCGCCGCCGCGUCCAGUUCGACAACCACGACAACGUUUGGCGUGUCGAGUCGAUUGCAAAAGGAGAAGAUCGCCGACGUCAUGGCCAUGGUGGAGCGUGAAGGGGCCGUCAUCGACGCCGUCAUGAAACGUCUGGAUCGGUUGAACGUCGAGUAUUAAGUGUGCUUGGCCCUGCCGAGGUUCGAGCGCGCCGACCGAGGGAUCUUGUCCACGUAUUUUUGAAUCCUCGACGACGUGCACCCGAGUACGGAGGUAGAUGACCACGUUGGGUAGUCGGUCUACCUAGAUGGACAACUUGACCAUUCCCUGGUCCGGACAUUUGCCGACCUUGUAUACCUAGGUGUUGAGAGGACGCAGGGGGUGACGUUGUGUUUUUGUAGGAUAUUACAAUUCUGUUACCAGGGAUUCUUUUCCUUCUGUAAACAACAAAAACCAAGGUGGGAGAAUAAUGUUUUUUAUAUGAUUCACCAGUCUUUGUUGGUUGUGAUUGAGUAGAGCUAUUUCUGGGGUAUUUGCGAGUACGGAAGUAGCUUGAGAGGUA